CGAGGUUACUCUGUGAAAUAAAAAAAAUCUGGGAUUUAUUUUCACAUGUGAAGUUUGUGAACUAUUUUCUAAUAAAUUUUAAUUCAAAAACUGUUUUCAUGACCUAAAAAUUAAACCAAGAUAGUAUAAAGAGUUUAAUAAAAUUACCUAUUUCACAUUAGGUGAGUGUAAGAUAAUACUGAGGUAUAUUUUGAGAGGUUAUAUUUACAUGUUUGUAACCUAACCUAGGAAAAUGACGCAAAAGCAAGAAACAGAAACUAUGGAUGAGAAUUCAAAAUACAAGGACGGUGUGAACCGUAACGCCCGUCUUAUUGUGCGCAAUGUGUCCUUUAAAGCCACAGAGGAAGCUUUACGGGAACACUUUUCCCCUUAUGGAACUGUAGAAGAAGUUAAAUUGUUGAAACGACCUGAUGGCAAGCUCGUGGGCUGCGGUUUCGUGCACUUCACACAAGUGCCGAUGGCUAACAAAGCCAUGACCGCCACCAACAAGAAACCUUUUCUUGGCCGUCCUAUCAAUGUAGCCUGGGCUGUGACUAAACACAAAUAUGACGAGAAACUGCAAACUGAAGGAGCUAAAAAACAGCCGGAGAGUGCCCCACCUGAAGAAGAGAACAAAUAUAAGAAGUUUAAAAAAGAUGUCCCUGAAACUGCUCCUGUGAAAAACGAAAAACCUCAACCAAGAGUCAACAGAAAUGCUCGACUCAUAGUCAGAAAUAUUUCAUUCAAAAGUACAGAAGAAACUUUGAAGGAGCAUUUUGCACCUUACGGAGAGAUAUUAGAAGUGAAGUUACUGAAAAAGCCUGACGGCAAGUUGGUAGGAUGUGCUUUUGUGCACUUCAAGAAUGUCCCAAUGGCCAAAAAGGCUUUGUUGAACACCAAUAUGAAACCUUUUCUGGGCCGGCCAAUAUCUGUGGACUGGGCGGUGGCCAAGGACAAGUACAUGAAACAUGUGGUGGAGCAGCAGCUCCAACUGCAGGAGGAUGUGAAGAAGGAAGACUCGGACAGCGAUGAUGAGGGGGGCGCUCUGAAUGUGACGAGUGAUGAAGUGAAGGCUGAGGUUAAAAGUGAAUCAGACGAUUCUGAGACAGAAGUGAAGUCUGAAGAUGAUGAUGAUGAUGACAGCAGUGGCUCUGAUGAUGAUGAGAAAGAAGAAGAUGACGAUGAGGAAGAAGCGGAUGAUGAUGAUGACAAUGAUGUAGACAUGGAGGAAGACAACCAGAGUGAAACAGACACAGUUACUGAGAGACAAAGAAUAAAGCUAAACGACGCGGAAGACGGCUGCACAGUGUUCAUAACGAACCUGCCGUUCAGCGUGGACAACGACCAGUUGAGAGACUUCGCCGAGCGCACCGGGCGCGCGCGGUACGCGCUCGUGUGCGUGGACAAGCUCACCGAGCACAGCAAGGGCAGCGGGUUUGUUAAGUUUGAGCGCCAACACGACGCCGAUGCCUUCCUGGCGCUUCCACCCGACCAGUUGAAGAUGGAGGGCCAGGUACUGCAGGUGAAGCCGGCUCUGAAGAGAGAGAACCUGCAGACUGGGGGCAAGAAGCAGGCCAAGGAUAGCAGGAACCUGUACCUGGUUAAGGAGGGAGUGGUGGUCGCGGGUACUAAGGCAGCUGUCGGCGUGUCAGCAUCAGACAUGACCAAGAGACUGGCUCUGGAGCGGAGCAAGACGCAAAUGUUGAAGAAUCUUAACAGAUUCGUCUCCCGCUACCGCCUCGUAGUCUCCAACCUGCCGCCUCACUUCGACGACUCCCGCCUGCGCGCCGCCUGCGCCCGCGCCGCGCCCGCCUCCGCCGUGAUCGGGGAAGCGCGGGUGAUGAGGGACUUGAGGGCCCCCGUGCUGAAGGAUGGACGGCAUCCGUCUAAGGGCUACGGUUUUGUGAUGUUCAAUAAGCACGAAGACGCCUUGAUGUGUUUGAGGAAGUUGAACAACAAUCCAGAUAUAUUUGACAAGAAUAACCGUCCUAUAGUGUCGUUCUCAAUAGAAGACAGAACGGCACUGAACGCGCGAAAGAAGAGAUUAGAAAAGUCCAUAGCAAAUAACCCACAUGCAAACAAAACCUCAGAAGAAAACGAACAUUGCAAUCAAAAAGGGUACAGAAAACGGAAAAACAUGGACAGGCCCGACGAAAGCACCGUGAAACGAGGGAAAUUCGACAGAAGAAAUAAAGACCAAAAUCAACGAGAUGCGAGUCAAAACAAUAGAAAUAACCAAAAUCAAUAUGGCAACAAAAAACAGUAUAGCGGCAAUAAAUCUGGCCAAUUCGUCAGACCACAACCACAAACAAACCAGGAAUUCGGAGACUACACAGGAUUAACCUCAAAAGAAGGAACCCAACACAAAAUGAGGAGUAACCAUAAACUAAAGUUGCAGGCGAAUGUCCAUAGACAAACUGUCAAAGCCGAGAAAAAAAUGAACAAACACACGCAGAGAUUAAAGAUGGCCGCGAAAGAACGCGUCAAACAGCCGAAGCAGAAAGUGAAUAAAAAUCCCAAGAAGGGCCGAGAUAGCUUCACGGAAAGAAAGGUCCAGAAUGCUAUCAAGGAGUCAAGUAACUUCUCAGACCUUGUCAGUAAAUAUAAGAGUAAGCUUGCUGGUAACAGCUUAGACAGAGUUAAGGCUAAAUGGUAUGAGAGCUAGUCGUAAUUUUAAUUUAAUUCAUAUUUUUUCUCCAUGAUUAUUACUCCUCAGACUGGGUUAAAAAUGAAAUUACAUGUAUUUUGUAUAUAUGUAACUUUAUUUCCUACUAAAUAAAAGUGCGAAGAAAGUUGUUGUGUAAAUAUAUAAAACGGACUAUA